CGCCUGGGGACAAAGGUGCGAUGGGAAUCCCUGGGCGGCCGGGACUAAAAGGGCAAUCCGGAGAGAAGGGUGCUCCAGGAGAAGCUGGCAUGUCUAUCGUUGGGCCCCGCGGUCCACCCGGACAGCCUGGAACAAGAGGUUUUCCUGGAUUCCCGGGCCCUAUUGGCUUGGAUGGCAAACCGGGCCAUCCUGGACAGAAGGGAGAGAUGGGUGCUGCAGGUCCCAGGGGAGAGCCUGGACUCCCAGGACAAAAAGGAGAGAAGGGUCAGUGUGCAGAGUACCCGCACAGGGAAUACCUAAGUACCACCCUUGCAGCCCUGCGCUCUAACCAGAUCCUUACGCUGAAGGGUGAACAAGGACAAGCCGGGAUCCAGGGUCCCCCGGGGCCCCCUGGUCCACCGGGGCCCGCUGGACCUGCUGGACCUGAAGGAAUCCCGGGACGUCCUGGGCCAGUUGGACCCCCUGGCAGAGUGGGAGAACCUGGAAAGCCUGGCAGAGAUGGAAAGGGCUUACCUGGGCCUCCUGGACCAAAGGGAGACCCUGGGAUUCAGGGAUACCCUGGCAGAAAGGGGGAGAGAGGCAUGCCAGGGCUGCCAGGAAGACAUGGCUCUAAGGGCGCUCCUGGGAUGGCCGCCGCAGGGAUGAAGGGCGAGCCUGGGACUCCAGGAGAAAAGGGAGAUCCUGGAGUCCCAGGGAGGAUGGGCCCCCCAGGUUUGCCAGGGAAGAGGGGGCAGCGGGGUGAGAAGGGACAAGCUGGUGACCCUGGGCUUCCUGGACUCCCUGGCCCAAAGGGAGAGAAGGGAACUGCUGAGAAUGCCUUGGUGGGAGCUAAAGGAGAACCUGGCCCUCCAGGUCUGCCCGGACCCCCUGGACCAAAGGGAGAAGCUGGUGACAUUGGUCAGCCUGGUGCUGCAGGAUCACGGGGAGAAAAGGGGGAACGUGGUUCACCGGGAGAGCUGGGACCCAUGGGCCCAAGGGGCCCCAAAGGAGAGCCUGGGAAGGAUGAAGCGACGGACUAUGGUGGGAACAUCAGUGAAGCUCUCCAGGAAAUACGAACUUUGGCCUUGAUGGGACCCCCAGGACGUCCAGGGCCACCAGGACAGAAGGGUGAAAUUGGCUUGCCAGGUCCUCCAGGCCACGACGGAGAAAAGGGACCACGUGGCAAACCUGGAGAAAUGGGCCCCCCUGGCCCUCCUGGAGUGCCAGGAAAGGAUGGACCUCCCGGAGCAAAGGGAGAGCCGGGCCACGCCGGGCCCAGAGGAGAGAAGGGCGAUAAGGGAGAGCCAGGACAAGCGGGCCCACCGGGUCUAGAUGGCCCCACUGGAGAGAAAGGCGAACGAGGUGACCAAGGGAUACCAGGACCAUCAGGAUUGCCAGGGCCCAUUGGACUUCCAGGAUUGACAGGAGAGAAGGGUGAGCCGGGGGAGCCUGGAGACAAAGGAGGUCCGGGAGAAUCGAUAUCUGGCCCCCCUGGACCCCAAGGCCCUCCAGGACCUCCAGGUCUUCAGGGAGUUCCCGGACCCAAGGGGGAAGCAGGGAUUGAUGGAGUGAAAGGAGAGAAGGGUGCCCAGGGUGAAAAAGGAGACAGAGGGCCACUGGGAUUACCCGGUGCUUCAGGUUUAGACGGCAGGCCUGGACCACCGGGUAUUCCAGGACCAAUUGGGGUUUCGGGACCUGCAGGACCAAAAGGAGAAAGGGGCAGUAAAGGAGAUCCUGGAGUUGCAGGACCAAUGGGGCCAGCAGGGCUUCCUGGUUUACAAGGUCUACCUGGCGACAAGGGAGUCCGGGGGGAGAGGGGCAAGAAAGGCUCUAGAGGGUCUAAAGGGGAUAAGGGAGACCAAGGAGCACCUGGAUUAGAUGCACCCUGUCCGUUGGGGGAAGAUGGCCUUCCAGUUCAAGGCUGCUGGAAUAAGUGAUGAUUCUAACCCUGGACUGACCUGUGUGUGUUACUGUACAUAGAAUAUUUAUUUUUAUACGGUGUUCUUCUCUGAAAUGCCAAAAGUUAUGCAUUUUUACAAAUUAUUAAAAAGUGGCAUAUUUUUUUUGUACAGAAAAUACUAAAUCUCCCUUUUUUCCCAUUUGUCAAUUCUCUGUAUGAUUCUAUGUCUGCAUUAUGCUUGUUUUGUCAUGGAGUACAGCUGUAAUAUUUACAUGGUAUUUGUGUACACAUGAUGAAUAUAGGAACUUAAUAAAUUAUUGCAUUAAAAGUGCCCAAAGGAACUGCCCUGUAUAGAUUUGAAGGUCAUUUUCAUUUUUCAUACAAGAAUAUUUCAAAAUAUGCAUUUUGUAUUAAAGUGAAAUAUUAACACUUCUGUUGUGAUGAAUUAAAGUGUUGCUGAAAAACCU